GAGGACUUGCGUCGUGCUAAGCAUAAAAAACAACCUAUUAUUGAUGAAGAUUUGACAGAAUGUGAUGAUGAUCCCAUCUCUAUGUUGUUGACCAUAUUACCACGGUUGAGGAAGAGACCAGUGUACAUUGACAAAUUGAGUGUGAAACAAGAAAAAUCCGAAGUAUACGGAUUUAUUGAGCCUCAAUCCAUCCAAAAAUCUGGAAAUACAAAG